CUGCUCUCUCCACCUACCGAAUCAGUUGCACCGGGAUCUGCUCAGACUGUCGAAAUGGCCGAGUCCAUUACCAGCCCCCCCGACACCCGCCCCACCGGCGGCCGCAAGAACAGCACCAGCAAAGACCACCCGGAGGAUGAGCUGGACUCCUCUGCCCCUGCCGCGGCCGAGAGCCUCACAACGGAACCCCCUGCCGCCGCCGCCGCCGCCGCCGCCGCCGCCGCCACGACCACCACCACACCCAAUGGCCUGGUCCCGAACAGCGGGAUGAAGGCGCCCGGGGCCACGCAGGAGGAGGACGGCAAGGAGAGUCUACGGAUUCGGAUCCAUUUGAACCUCCAUGCGAAGGUCAAGCUGGAGUUGGAUGCGCAGCUGUAUGGGGAUAUUGUGAUUGGGUUGUUGUGA